UAAGAGACAAAAUGCAGAUGUUCUGUCGCAGUACUCUUUAGAUAGCAGCUGGUCUGUCUAUUUCGUUUAUUGAGCGUGCACUCGUCUCAACCACCCUAAAGUUCUUGAUUUCAGUCAGAAUGCGCAGAUUACUGGACAGCAGCUGGAUAAAGUUUGGACCGGCUGGUAGGGAUGAUUGGGUGUCAGGGUCUCCAUCACCGCCUACAAUGGAAAAACAGCUACAGGGUUACCACUGGAACGAGCUUUCUGCAGAAAACGAAGCAAAAUCAGAGAUUAUCCUGUACAUCGCCCUUCCACUCACCACGCUCCUUGUUUUCAGUGUCGUGUUCGUCGUCCUUUACCGAAGAUUCAGGCAGAACAAGCUCGGACUGUCCAGCAUCACGCUGGACCUUCAAGAUCCGGAGCGCAACGCCGAGAUUCUCUCGUCACUCACCAGGAACGCGGAACGGUUGAACAGCACCAGCUCGGACAUGUCGGACGGGGUCUUCCUCAUGGUGUACCUCCCGCCGCCCUACGAGGAAACUCUGACGAAGAUCACGCGGGCUGCGAGCCUCACCAGCGGUAAAGAUGUGGAGUCCAUCAAGAUCGAAGACCUCGAAGCCAAACUGUGUCCUGAGCUCAAGGCAAGAGGGGAUUAUGUCUAAGAGAAGACUAGAUGUACCUAAAACCGUUUGCUCAUUUUUGAUACCAAUUCCAGCAUCUUUGAUUACAAUUCCAGCAUUACUCGGAGAGGAAUAAGUGAAGAUCAUCCUGGCAUCAAGAGAUGUAGGGGAGACUGGGGCAAGUUGUCACACGGUGAUAUUGAAGGUCUCCGUUUCCUCAACCGUACAAACGCUUGUGUUCUCCAGCAGUGGCCAUCUUGGUUUCAAAUACCGAGUCUUAAAAUAAGAUUACUUUAGAUUAAUUCUAUUCUCCAAACUAAAACCACAAUUUCUUCAUAUUUUGUAGGCUAAUAGCUAAUAUUGAGCUAAUUGAGCCUACUUUAAAUCUCAAGUGUUAUUGGGGCAAAAAGGUCAGAUGCAUUUUUAAAUUCCCGCAAGUAGUCACGUACGUUUUUUAUGUUAAAAUUUUAUAUGAUUUAUUAACUAUAAUACAUGUUGGCCAAAAGAAGGUUUUUUCUAUCUUACCUUUCCCAUUUUGCUGUUUUUGAUUUUGCUAUUUAAAUUUGGCUAAGAAGCCUAUAACAGGCCAUAUAAUGGCUGGUGACAAUUUACACCAUAUAGUGUGACAACAUGUCACAACAGGUCAAUGGGUGUUCAAUUAAAUGUAUCUUUUUUAUUGUUUACUGGAUAUCAACCCUGGAAAUCUUCUGUAGAUUUUUUAAGAGUAAAAAUUGUGACAACAAGCCUCUGUCUCCUCUAUAUUGAAGACAUUUUAAAUUUAAGUUUGCAUGUACUUUCAGAGACUAAACAUCCACUGUUCACGAUGUUUACUCUGUACUUAAUACUGCUAUACCCUGAAAUUUUAUAUUGUGAACUAAACAUUUUAUGCACUGUUUUGAGAAUAAAAAACCAUUGUGCUUUUUCUGUUUUUAGAAAACAAUAGGCUAUAAUAUAAGAAGUAAUCACCAUGUGUCAUGUUUUACUUUGGAUUAGCCUUUAGGCCUAGUUAGACAUGCAGUAACCACGAUUAGCAGAGAUUAGUUAAGAACCAACAAUAAUGAAUGAUGUCGAUUUUUUUACUUUAUGUACGAUUGCAUCAGCCAGCCUAGCACAAUCACGACAGGUUUGUAUCAUGAAUGUAGAUUUGCAUUAAGCUUCACCUUUAAAGUAUUUCUAAUAAAGACCAUA